AUGGAGUUGCCCAAGAUGACGGGUUUCCUGUGGUUCUACCUCACCAUACUGUUGUCUUUUAGUCAAGUCUUGACAGCGCAGGGAGGAAAAAAAUGGCAGCUAGGAGAAGAGCCGAAACUCGCAGAGGAUGGUCUUCAAAUCAAGCUUGACCGUGACCUGUACACGCACCAAGGUUCAAUCGUCUACACCAGUCAUCUCCAAUUUGAUGAGAAGCCAGAGAUUUCGGAUAGCCAACUAUACCAGAUUGCUAGGGAUGCUUUCAAUGAGAUGCAGGCCAGCGUUGUUAGCAAUGGCCUCACCCAAAAGAUCCCAAAUGUCAUGACGACCCUGCUUGUUGGCAACGAACUCAUCUUUGCGUCCUCAGCAAAGGGCCCAAAUGACCCUUAUGAUCGAGACUCCCAGGUCCAAGGAGACCUGAAGGUGUGCGCCGACGCGAAUGAAGGCAGGCUCCACAAGAAUGGAGGAAGGUGUGGUGAGGUCAUGGCCUUUCACGACUGGUACGAGUCCCAUGUCCGUUCCGGACCGUUGGAACCAACCGAAGGCACAAAGGUUGUCGCAAUUUCCUUCCAGAAGAAUGCCGAUGGCGAGAGGGAACCUCUUAUCCUGGCCCCCUGUGGCAACGACAAACAAUGGGGCUGCAACAAGUUUGUCAACGGCAUCUACGUACUGGAUGAUGCCAAGGUUGCCGCGGAUCCUAAAAAGGAACCAUUUGAAUACAAGAGCUUGAUCAAAGACAAGAAGCUCAAGCCGGCGCCCACACGGCCGGGCUUGCCACCUCCCAACCCUUUGCCCAAGCCUCCAAGGCCGAAUACCAGACCGGGUGGAAGCAACGGUGGACCGCCUCCCAACCCUUUGUCCAAGCCCCCAACCAAGCCGAAUACCAAGCCGGGUGGAAGCAACGGUGGACCGCCUUUCAACCCUUUGUCGCCUCCGGGUGGCAAGCCGAAUACCAACCCGGGUGGAAGCAGCGGUGGACCGCCUUUCAACCCUUUGUCGCCUCCGGGUGGCAAGCCGGGUACCAACCCUGGUGGAAGUACAGACAACCAAGGUGGCGAUGGCAAGCCUGCCAAGCCCAAGCCGACUCGCAGGCCCAAUGGGAGACCAAAGAGGCCUUGA